AACUGUGAUACUAUAUCUGUACUUUAUUAUAUCUAUCUACUGCAUCUGUGUUCUGUUCGUCCUUGAAGCAGGCAAAUUCUUCUCUGAACUCUAAACAUCGCCAUGUCUGAGAUUCUCUCUUCCUUGAGGUCACUAAUGGCCUCUCACUCUCCUCCUCUUGACGCUUUGGUUGUUCCUUCCGAAGACUAUCACCAGAGCGAGUAUGUUUCUGCACGAGACAAACGCCGUGAGUUCGUGUCUGGAUUCAGUGGGAGUGCAGGUUUGGCACUUAUCACGAAGAACGAAGCAAGGCUUUGGACUGAUGGUCGAUACUUCUUGCAAGCAUUGCAACAGCUUAGCGAUGAGUGGUCACUAAUGCGGAUGGGAGAAGAUCCUCUUGUUGAAGUUUGGAUGUCAGAUAAUCUACCUGAAGAGGCAAACAUAGGUGUUGAUUCAUGGUGUGUCUCGGUAGACACUGCGAACAGGUGGGGAAAAUCUUUUGCCAAGAAGAAUCAGAAACUAAUCACCACAACAACUGAUCUUGUGGACCAAGUUUGGAAGAGUCGUCCACCUUCUGAGAUGAGUCCAGUUGUUGUUCAUCCCUUGGAGUUUGCUGGCCGUUCUGUUUCCGAUAAAUUGGAAGAUUUGAGGGCAAAGCUUAAGCAAGAGAGUGCGCGUGGUUUGGUCAUCGCUGCUCUUGAUGAGGUUGCUUGGCUAUAUAAUAUCCGUGGAACUGAUGUCGCUUAUUGUCCGGUUGUUCAUGCGUUUGCAAUCCUUACAACCGAUUCUGCGUUUCUCUAUGUUGACAAAAAGAAAGUGUCCGAUGAGGCAAACGCUUAUUUCAAUGGGCUCGGUGUAGAAGUCCGGGAAUACACAGAUGUGAUCUCAGAUGUCGCCUUGCUUGCUUCGGAUCGACUUAUUUCUUCAUUUGCCUCUAAAACUGUUCAAUCUGAGGCUACAAAGGACAUGGAGAUUGAUGCUGACCAGCAUGAUCGGUUAUGGGUGGAUCCUGCUUCGUGCUGCUAUGCACUUUACUCCAAAUUGGAUGCCGAGAAGGUCCUUCUGCAACCAUCUCCUAUAUCCCUCUCAAAAGCCUUGAAGAACCCAGUUGAGCUCGAAGGGAUCAAGAACGCACAUGUUCGUGAUGGUGCUGCUGUUGUCCAGUACCUUGUUUGGCUCGAUAAACAGAUGCAGGAGCUCUAUGGAGCAUCUGGAUAUUUCUUGGAAGCAGAGGCAAGCAAAAAGAAACCAUCAGAGAGCUCUAAGCUUACUGAAGUGACUGUGAGCGAUAAGCUGGAAAGUCUCCGAGCUGCAAAAGAGCAUUUUAGAGGUUUAAGCUUUCCUACUAUAUCAUCGGUUGGUUCAAACGCUGCUGUUAUUCAUUAUUCACCAGAGCCAGAAGCUUGUGCCGAGAUGGACCCAGACAAAAUUUACUUAUGUGAUUCAGGAGCACAGUAUCUCGAUGGAACAACUGAUAUAACCCGAACAGUUCACUUUGGAAAACCUUCAGCUCAUGAGAAGGAAUGCUAUACUGCGGUCUUCAAGGGUCAUGUUGCACUAGGAAAUGCUCGGUUUCCAAAGGGAACAAACGGUUAUACACUUGAUAUUCUUGCUCGAGCUCCUUUGUGGAAGUAUGGGUUGGAUUAUCGACAUGGUACUGGUCAUGGAGUUGGUUCUUACCUUUGUGUUCAUGAAGGGCCUCACCAAGUUAGUUUCAGACCGAGUGCUAGGAAUGUACCUCUUCAAGCUACCAUGACUGUAACAGAUGAACCUGGUUACUAUGAAGACGGGAACUUUGGUAUUAGGCUGGAGAAUGUUCUUGUUGUCAAUGACGCUGAGACCGAAUUCAAUUUUGGCGACAAGGGCUACUUGCAAUUCGAGCAUAUCACUUGGGCACCAUAUCAAGUGAAACUUAUCGAUCUAGAUGAGCUGACACGGGAAGAGAUUGAUUGGUUAAACACAUACCAUUCGAAAUGCAAAGACAUCUUGGCCCCAUUCAUGAACCAGACUGAAAUGGAAUGGCUCAAGAAAGCUACCGAACCUGUAAGUGUAUCGGCUUAAUCCCCUCCCAGAUUUCUCUUUAAUAGAUGUUUAUCAAUGGCUUUGUCACUUCUCUCACUAGUAAACCAAAAAUAUUCAAGUCAUUACACAGAUUAUUUCCUUUAGUUUGCAAUCAAAGUUCAUGUUUCUGGACCACAUGUCUUUUAUUCAUAGAAGAUUCUCAGUUCUUGAACCUGGUUUAUA